CGUCUACCUCCUCCUCUCACUGCCGCCCCCUUUCCGAGUCGACUCCUCCAUUUCCUCCGUACUCCCAAAACCCGCAAACCCUAACCAACCAGUCGCCGCGAUGUCGAAGGCCCAGGCGUGCGACCCGGAGCUCGGCGCCGCCGCUGCGGAGAAGGCAGCGCCGGCGGUGGUGAAGGUUCAGGUUCAGGUCCGCGCGCCGGGGCGGAAGAAGGUGGCGGAGGAGGAGGACCCGCGGCUGCGCUGGGCGUUCGUGCGGAAGGUGUACGCCAUCCUCGCCCUGCAGUUCCUCUUCACCUCCGCGAUCUCCACCGUCGCCUGCCUCGUCUACCCCAUCCCGCGCUUCUUCCUCGCCGGCACCGCCGCCUCCUGGUCCGUCUACGUCGCCAUCCUCAUCGCCCCCUUCCUCGUGAUGUGGCCGAUGCUCAGGUACAGGCAGAAGCACCCCGUGAACCUGGUGCUGAUGGGGCUCUUCACGAUCUGCACCAGCCUCAGCGUCGCCAUCGCUGCCUCCACGGUAGUUGGCAGAGCGGUUCUUCAGUCUGCAAUCCUCACAGCUGUUGCAGUCAUCGGCCUCACCCUUUUCACCUUCUGGGCAGCCAACAUGGGCCAUGAUUUCACCUUCAUGUUUCCAUUCUUAUUUGUCAGCCUCCUCGUGCUGCUUGUGUACCUCCUCAUCCAGAUGAUGGUUCCACUGGGAACGGUUGGCACGACUAUCUAUGGAGCCCUUGCCACCGUGAUCUUCUCUGCUUUCAUCAUCUACGACACCAACAUGCUUGUCAAGCACCACACCUACAAUGACUAUGUUGUAGCCGCCAUCUCGCUCUACCUCGACGUGAUCAACCUGUUCAUGGCCCAGCUCUUCUGUGCUAUCCAGUGAUCUGCUGCCACCAUCUCACUCCCCAACAACAAUGCUCGUCCAGUACAUGGCUUCAUCAACAAAGUUAGUUACCUACUUACGCUUACCGAAGUUCCAUACAGCGGUGUAGCUCUUCAGAGCUGGAGACCCUGGAUCUGUAAUUAGUGGCAGUUCUAGCGAGCUAUGGUACAUUCUGUUGCCGUGACAGUCGUAGAUAUUAUGGGACCUUGUGAUAUGUCAUCACCUUAGAACUUAUCAUCAGAUUGCUGCAUUAGAAACUUGAAAUGGAGAUCCUAAUGCUCGAUUAGCCA